AUGGACGCAGCGUGGACAAAGUCCGUCCACGAGGCGCUCACCCAGCUCCGUGUCGACCCCUCCAAGGGUCUCUCGGACGAUGAAGUCGAGCAGCGUCGUGCGCAGUACGGCUCCAACACGUUGCCCGAACAGCCUCCCACCCCGCUCUGGCAACUCAUCCUGGACCAGUUCAAGGACCAGCUCGUGCUCAUCCUCCUCGCCUCGGCCGUCAUCUCGUUUGUGCUCGCUCUCCUCGAGGAGGACACUACGCUCGGUGCGGCUCUCAUCGAGCCGGGCGUCAUUUUCCUGAUCCUCAUCGCCAAUGCUACCGUCGGUGUCGUCCAGGAACGCAACGCCGACAAGGCCAUCGACGCGCUCAAGGAGUACAGCCCGGAUACGGCCAACGUCAUCCGUGAAGGUACUACCGAAAAGGUUCGCUCCGAAGACCUCGUACCUGGUGAUAUUCUCAUCCUCACCGUCGGCGACAAGAUCCCCGCCGAUUGCCGUCUCAUUGCCAUCAACUCGUCCUCGUUCCGCGUAGACCAGGCCAUCCUCACGGGCGAGUCGAUCUCGGUCAACAAGUCGCUCGAGCCUGUCGCAGACACCAACGCCGUCAAGCAGGACCAGGUCAACAUUCUCUUCUCGGGAACCACGGUUGCCAACGGAACUGCUAUCGCCGUUGUUGCUCAGACCGGUUUGCGCACCGCCAUCGGCGACAUCCACGCCGAAAUCUCCAAGGACGACGAUGACAAGACACCGCUAAAGCAGAAGCUCGAUGACUUUGGUGAGCUUCUGGCCAAAGUCAUCACCGUCAUUUGCAUCUUGGUUUGGAUCGUCAAUUUCCGCCACUUCAACGACCCUUCGCACCACGGCUGGGUCAGGGGUGCUAUGUACUACUUCAAGAUUGCCGUGGCUCUCGCUGUCGCUGCUAUUCCCGAAGGUCUUGCUGCCGUCAUCACUGCCUGUCUCGCGCUCGGAACCAAAAAGAUGGCCAAGAAGAACGCAAUCGUGCGUCACCUGCCUUCGGUCGAGACGCUCGGCUCGACCAACGUGAUUUGCUCCGACAAGACCGGCACGCUCACCACGAACCAGAUGAGUGUCACCCACUUUUCGGUCCUCGACACCACCGGCGCCAUCGCCGACUACUCGGUCUCGGGAAGCACCUUUGCACCCAUUGGCGACAUCACCGACUCGCAGGGCAAAAAGCUCAGCCAGCUCAACCAGCCGCGUACCGCCUUCCAUGCGCUCGCCGAGGCGUGUGCCGUGUGCAACGACUCGCACAUCCACCUCGACGACCACAACAAUUACACCAUCGUUGGCCAACCCACCGAAGCCGCGCUCAAAGUGCUCGUUGAGAAGUUGGGUCACCACGAUGCUGCUGUUAACGCCACUGUGGCCAAGCUGGAUGCGGCCGAGCGCGCAAGUGCGGUCAGCAACGAGUAUGGCAAAGCGCACCCGAGGCUGUUGACGUUUGAGUUUAGCCGUGACCGCAAGAGCAUGUCGACCCUGAUCCAGCGUUCAUCGGCGACCGGAUGCUUGCUUGUCAAGGGCGCGCCCGAGACGGUGGUUGAGCGAUGCGAAACUGUGCUGUUGGGUAAAAAGGCGGUUGCGCUCGACACGGCUCUGCGGGCUCAGAUCGGCGACAAGGUGCUCGAAUAUGGACGACUUGGCCUGCGUACGCUGGCGAUUGCGGUCAAGGAAGAUGUGCCGCUGGACGUUGACUCGUACCGCAGCAGCAGCCCUAGCGAAUACGUGCAGUUUGAACAGCGCAUGACGCUCGUCGGUCUCGUCGGCAUGCUCGACCCCCCACGUCCCGAAGUGCGCCACGCCAUCGAGCGAUGCAGACAGGCCGGCAUCCGUGUCAUUGUCAUCACCGGCGACAACAAGAACACGGCCGAGACCAUCUGUCGCCAGAUCGGCGUGUUUGGCGAACACGAGGAUCUCGCAGGCAAGUCGUUCACCGGUCGCGAGUUCGACGCGCUCACUACCACCCAGGAGAAGCUGGGUGCGGUUUCAGUUGCGUCGCUGUUCUCGCGUGUCGAGCCGUCGCACAAGUCGCAGCUCGUCGAUCUGCUGCAGAGCCAGGGACUGGUUGUUGCGAUGACGGGCGACGGUGUCAAUGAUGCGCCUGCGCUCAAAAAGGCGGAUAUUGGUAUUGCUAUGGGAUCGGGAACGGACGUGGCUAAGCUGGCUGCGGACAUGGUGCUGGCCGACGACAACUUUGCGACCAUCGAAGCGGCGGUGCAGGAGGGACGAUCGAUCUUCAACAACAUGCAGAGUUUCAUCCGCUACCUCAUCUCGUCCAACAUUGGUGAAGUCGUGUCGAUCUUCCUGACGGUACUGCUGGGGUUGCCGGAGGCGCUGAUUCCCGUGCAGCUGCUGUGGGUCAACUUGGUUACCGACGGUCUACCGGCUACCGCGCUCGGGUUCAACCCUCCCAGCACGACCAUCAUGCGCGAGAAGCCGCGCGGCCGCAAUGACCCCUUGAUUUCAGGGUGGAUCUUCACGCGCUACCUUCUCGUCGGCGCGUUUGUCGGCGCUGCGACGAUUUUCGGUUACGCAUGGUGGUUCCUCUUCGCCACUACGGGUCCACAGAUCAGCUAUGCGCAGCUGUCGCACUUCCACCAGUGCGCACUGCCCUCUUCGCAGGCCGUGGGCGGACUGUUUGAGGGUGUCGACUGCUCGAUCUUCAGCAGCUACCGCCAGCCUUCUACGAUCGCGCUUUCGGUGCUCGUCGUCGUCGAGAUGUUCAACGCGCUCAAUGCGAUCAGCGAGACCGACUCGCUGCUGACGUUUGGGCCGUGGAAGAACCCGCUGCUUAUCGCGGCUAUCGCGCUCAGCCUCGCACUGCACUACGCCAUCUGCACCGUGCCCUUCCUGCAGGACUGGUUCCAGGUGACCCGCCUCACGAGCGAGGAGGUCAAAGCCGUCGUGUGGAUCUCUGCGCCUGUCGUGGCGAUUGAAGAGGUCUGCAAGCUGGUCACGCGCGUCGUGUUUUUGAACAAGAGCAGCACGACGGAGGUGGUGGGCAGGGAGAAGAAGGAGCUUUAG